GUAAACAGCCAAGUCCUAUACAAAUUUCUUUUGUUUAAAAGUCGAAGAAGAAAAAACGUCAAUGCCUGUAAACGGAAAGGCAGCGAUUUGACGUACGCCAGCAGCGUUGGUCAGAGUGUGCUGGACCGUCGGCGACAGCAGCGUUGGUCUGAGAAGUUCUGAUAUUGUAGAGUUCACGGAGAGCAAAAUUCAACCGGAUCUUACCAUUGGGGUGACCAGAGGGACGGCGGAGCUGGAAAGUUCCGAUGAUCGUGGAGUCUUCGAGGUUUCAAGAGGGUUUUGAGUGAAAGAUUUCUAGAGUAAGGAUGGCGGCGGACGGAGAGGACAAGAGUCGCAACAGGUUGGAGGGUUUGGGUAUGCCUGAGAUGGAGAAGGUCUGAGCUUGGUCGUAGAUCUCUGGCGGUAUCUAGGGUUAUAGUGGAUUCGGACGAGAUUCAGGCAGGGGAGGUCGACGUUUUCUGGAACAGAGGCACGGGUGACGAUCUGGAACAGAGCAAGAUUCUGGCUAGGGUUCCCGCAAAACGAGAUUCCGGCCGGCGAUUGCCGCUGCAGUUCCGGUAUCGUGACUAGGGCUCUGAUAUUUGGUAUGGAAUCGUGAUUUGUAUUAUGAAUGAUGUACAUGAAUGGCGAAUGCUAAACUAUGAAAGGCUAAUUACAUGGAAAAUUUCUGUACAAAUGGUAUCAUGGAGAAAUAGAGACGGAAAUAGGCUGACGUUAUAUGUAUAUAUCCCUUGAACAUAUCGUCUUCCGUUCUACAUCUUUUCCUGUGGUUUUAACUUGAUAAAUACAAACAUCAUGUCGUCUUCAUCGACUUACAAUCAGUUUGCUCACUUACAAAUCCCACUUGAAGAGAUAUUAUCCGCCACCAACAACUUUUCUGAUGAAAAUCUCAUCAGACGAGGUGGAUUUGGAUCGGCUUAUAGAGGACAACUCUUGCGAUCUAGUCAAUGGAUCGAGAUUGUUGCACGGAGGUUAGAUCAGGCGAAAAAGCAAGGAAACAAAGAGUUUUGGAUGGAGGUAUCGAUGCUUUCUACACUCAAUCAUGACAAUCUGGUGUCUAUCAUUGGGUAUUGUGAUGAGAAGGGCGAGAAGAUCAUCAUAAACAAGCAUGAGACCCAUGGAAGUCUCGACAAAUAUCUACGAGACCCGGCCCUCACAUGGAUGCGAAGAUUGGAGAUAUGUGUUGGCGUUGCUUGUGCAUUGAAGUACAUCCAUUACGAUGAGGGACGCGAUUAUAGCGUCAUACAUCGUAAUAUCAAGAGCUCCAAGAUUUUACUUGAUGACAACUGGAAACCCAAGCUAUAUGGUUUUGAACUUUCCAUGAAAAAUACAAAAGCUCGAAGACAUGGAGUUCUCUUUGAUCCUGUUGGUGGCACGAUAGGGUAUAUAGACCCAAGAUGUGAGAAGCUUGGGGGUGUAACUCACAAGUCAGACGUGUACUCGUUUGGAGUUGUAUUAUUUGAAGUCCUCUGUGGGAGGAGGGCAUACAUUCCUAAGAUGUGUUCAGAUCAGUUGUCCCAACAACAUCCCACAGAGGAUUUCGUGGGAAGUUUGCAUGAGAUCCUUAACCAUGAGGGUCGAUCACCUCAAUUGGCCAAACAGCAUUCCAGUGAGAGAAAACUAGAUGAGAUGGUAGAUCCCCAUAUAAACGAACAAAAGGAUCCUCCAUCAUUCAACAUCUUAUCAACAAUAACAGCAUUCAGUGGCUUAUCAAAUGAAAUGCAGGUGCUGUCGUCAACAACAACAGUUAACAGCUGUUGUACGAAGAAACAAGUUAAACAAUCUCCUGGACUAAAUCCCCUAGGCAUGUCCAUGUUUACCAUUUCUCCAUUUGCGAUGUUGGACUAUGAAAAGAGAUUUGGGCACUUGCAUAUUCCAAAAGACGAAUUAUUAGCUCCACUGGCCAGAUUCCACUAUGAUGAAAGAAAACUAGAUGAUAUGAUUGAUCCAGAUCUACGGAAACAAAUGGACCCACAAUCAUUCCACCUUUUCUCGGAAAUAGCAUAUUGCUGCAUAAAGGAGCAACGAUCAACACGCCCAGAUAUACAUCAAAUUAUCAUAAGACUUGAGAAAGCCUUGGAUUUUCAACGGAAACACGAUGAAACUUUGAAUCUAGAGGAACACACGGAAGUUGAAGAUACGUCGGCCAAUCACUUGAAGUUGAAAAAAUUCAGGCACUUGGAGAUCCCACUCACUGAUAUAGAGAAGGCCACCAAGAAUUUUGACAAAGCAUACCUCAUUGGGUCAGGCGCAUAUGGUGAGGUGUACAAAGCAGAACUUGACCAUUUUGAUAGCAAAAAGUUCUUUUCAUUAGAAGAGAAGAAUAAAGAAUCUCAAGCUGGGCGCCCGACAGCGGUAGCCGUAAUCAAGAAACUUGAGGAAGCGUUAUCUUUUCUAGUAAAUCCAAAGGACCAUCUUCAAUUUUCACUUGAGGAUAUAGAAUCGGCCACUCAAAACUUCAGUGAUAACAAUCUUAUUGGAAAAGGAGGAUUUGGGCAUUGCUUACAUCGUAAAAGAGAAGAACGACCAACAACAGGUCAGGUCCUAGUGCAACUUAAAAAGGCAUUGGAAUUCCAAGAGGAUUGUGAAAUAUGGGAGCCCAAAUUGCCUAAUGACUAUAAAGAAAUAAUCUCUGAGACCUACUCUACUGAAAAGAGGAAAGACCUCUACCACAUGUUCUCCAAAGGAAUCCUUGUUCAAGAAGCCAAAGUGUUGUUUUCACUAGGUGGUAAUGGAGAAAGAAAUGUAAUGAUAUCAGCAAAAAGAUUUUCAUACAUAAACCAUUGUCUGCAUAAAUGGCGAUUUGUUCCGGAAUCAAGGUUUGAAGUAGUAGCAGAGAUGUUAGAUAUUUCAAAUCUAAAGAUCAAAAUCAAGACAAGAACUCAACUUUUAUCUCCAGAUGUCAUUUAUGGGGUUUAUUUAGUCUUCAAGUUUUGUGACCCAAGAAAAGUUUCAAGUAAACCUUUGUAUGUGAACCUCAAGUAUAAAAAUGGGAGAAAAACCUCACAUGCAUAUUUUGCAAAAUGGAGAGACAACGAUUGGAUGAUGAUUGAGCUGUGCAGAUUCUUGAAUGACAAGGAAAAUAUCGAUUUUAAGUUUGUAUUAGAGAGCCUUUCACGAUACCACUGUCAAGAUAGUACCAUUUAUGCUGAAGGCAUUGAAUUUCGACCCAUUGAAAAUGUGAAAAAUGAAGAAAUCAAUGAGAUAAAGGAAGUCCGACAAGUAUUGAAAUCAGACUCAAACAUGGAUCGCAUCAUGCAACAACUGCCAAUGAACCCUGAAGAAAUAUAUAAGGGAUCCGAAAAUGGAGACAAUGGUGAAAAGUUGUUUUUGCUCAACGAAGUGAACGGAAAGAAACAUCUUAUGCUUUCAGCAAAGGCGGCUGUUUACAAAUAUUCUGAUGUUAAGCUUUUCAAAACAAAACCAUCAACUCAAACCAGAUUUGCAGAGGUGAUUGAGCUUCUACCACAACAAGUAUUUUGUAUCAAUCGCACCAUUAAAAGUGAAAUGUUAUCACGAGAUACAGAGUAUGCAUGUCACCUUGUCUUCAAGCUUUCAGAGAAAUGCCAUGGGCUGCAUUGUCCUGUGAAAGUACGGAAUCUACUCCAUAGGAACAACAAAGAGGUUGGAAUUGUUUAUUUUAGAUCCCCAGCCCCAUGGAAUUUACAUGAUACCAAUCAAGCUCCAGAACAGAGAGCAGAUGGAUGGAUGGAGGUUAAGAUCUGGAAAUUCAACUUAAAUCACGAACUCACAAAAAAUGAUUGUUUUCGUGUGAAUUUGAAGUUAAUUAGUUAUGAAGGAACUUUGUCUGGCCUUAUUGUAUGUGGCCUUGAGUUUCGGCCAAUGUAUUAGAGUGUAUAUGUGUGAAGUUGUUUGUUAAAUCAGUUGUAUAUAUAGUUUUUGUAAAAUUAAAUUAG